AUGGGUCGCUUUCUUCAGCAUCAAAGCUUCCCACUGAUUAGACUUGACACUCUAUGUCUCCCCACAAAAAUGGGCGGUUUAGGGGUUUUGAAUCCAAAAUUGCAACAAGGUGCCCUUCAGCUCCGUUGGCUUCAACCUCUGCUCCAAUCCACUUCGUCUCCUUCUGGUCUGGUGUUGCCUUGGCUGCUAUAUCUUCUUCGGCAUUAUCUGCUUGAUGUCCAUCCCCAUCUUCCUUUCAUUUUUCCUGACCUCAGACACCCUCAAUUCCGAACUUAUACCAGUCCUUUCUUUAACCUUUUUGCUGCCUGCGAUCUCUUGCCUCACGAUUUUGACUCUACUGUGAUAAAUCUACCGACUUGUCUGGACAUUCCUCUCGCCUCUGCAGUUGUGGUUCCACAUAAUCUCUCUGCCUUUCCUGCUUCUUGGCGUCACCUCCGAAUCCAGGGUGCCUACAAGAUCAACACCACUUUGGAUAUUCUUUCUCACCACUUACCUUCUUCCUUUCCUCGUUCACCACGCAUCCUCCACAAAGUCCUUCAGCGGGUGGAUGAUCAUUCUCUUUUCCUUCACGCAUUCAUCAUUCGCGCUUGCCUGCCUCAAAGUAUCUUGACCAAACAAUUCCCUGACUUGAUGGCUCGCAUGGGCACUGAGGUUGACCCUUCCACACUUCUGUCGGCCCUCUCUCCUACCUUUCCUUGA